UCUUCCCACCUGCUUGCUUGUGUCUGCCAUGGGUUACAUGGGCCUUCCCAGAUGGGUGGGGCCUGGAGUUGGCCUCGCCCACUGGUCACCCAGAAGGGAUUUGAGACCUGGGCUAAGAGGCCUCUAGGUGCGGGCACUGCAGGGACAGGGCCUGGGGCUGCCCCACAUCCUCUCUGGCCAGGGUGCCCACACCUGUGUCUCUGCCUGGUUAUCAUCUCGCCACUUGUCUCCAGCCUGGCUUCCUGUCUGUUUGGAUGCUGAGCCAGAUCAUCACCUCAGGACCUCCAGGGCCGGCCUCCAGGGUGUGUGACACACCCAGCCCUGCCCUCAGACCCCGAGCCGACUUCAGCGCAUUGCUCCUUGUGAAAUCCCUCAUCCUUUUGGAACAAGUGCCCUGCGUUUUCCUCCUUCACUCAGCCCCUCAGUGGUGCAGCCUGGCCUGGGCCCUCCAGAGCCUCCCGUCUCUCUCCUGGGUGGCUCAGUGUCUUGGCAAUGGCUGUUCCCUCUGCUUGGAGUGUGGCCCCGGCUGUUCAUGUGCCCACCUCCGCCCGCACCCCCUCCCAGGAAAUCUUCCCUGGCCACCCUCCUUAAUCAGACCCCUCCUGGCAGAGCUCAGGACAUGGUUUACCAUGUGUGUGCGCAUGCACACAUGCAAAGCAGCCAGGGCACUUGUAGGUGAUAGGUGUAUGGGGAUGCUGUGUGCAUAUGUGUGUGGCACAGGUGUGCCCACACACUUGGUGCCUGCACACCUGUGCUGACGUAGUGACACAGCUCUGAGUGACAGGGCACCUGUGAGACCACAUGCACACUGGCUCCAUGGGGCCUCAGGCUGCCCCAGGGCCUGCUCUCGGCGUGACAUCGGCCCUUGUUGUCACUCCAGUUGCCCCCACUGCACCACGGUGCUCCUCUGCCCAUCCUGACCAUAUCAGCCUCUCAGAAACCAAAGUGCCACCUCCCUCGUGGGCCCUGGAGGGGCUGCCUGAUUCCCUGACCACCUGGCAUUGUCCUGGCCUGGGGGCGUCUGUGGGGCGGUCGUGGUGGCCACCAAAGGAUGUUUGGUCUCCUCUCAGCAGUAGGCUUGUCGAUGGUUCCUGGCUCUGGUCUCCGACUGCUCCCUCCCUGUCCUCCUGCUGAGGCCCACCUGGGGUGUCCAGCUGAGGGAAGGGGUCCUCUGGUUUGGAAUCUGUCUUGGGUCAUGGACCUGGCCUUGGGGGACCCUGAUGGGUCAAGCUAAGUCCCACGUGGGAGGUGUUCCUGGUCAGGUCACGGGGACAUGGGUGGGUCCACGCAUCUAACCCUGGCACCCGGAAGAGAGAAGAGGUUACGUGUGGGCCUGGAGCAUAAGGGGGACCAGGCGACCUUGGCCUAGGAUGGGGUCCAUGGUUGACAGGGCCAGACAGACCUCGCCAGCGCCAAGAUGAGUGUCACCUCCUGGUUCCUGGUGAGCAGCAGUGGCACCCGCCACCGGCUCCCACGGGAGCUCAUCUUUGUGGGGCGCGAGGACUGUGAACUCAUGCUGCAGUCGCGCAGUGUGGACAAGCAGCACGCCGUCAUCAACUACGACCAGGACAGGGACGAGCACUGGGUGAAGGACCUGGGGAGCCUGAACGGGACGUUUGUGAACGACGUGCGCAUCCCAGACCAGAAGUACGUCACAUUGAAGCUCAAUGACGUCAUCCGGUUCGGAUAUGAUUCCAACAUGUAUGUGCUGGAGCGCGUGCAGCACCGUGUCCCCGAGGAGGCACUCAGGCACGAGAAGUACACCAGCCAGCUGCAGGUGAGCGUCAAGAGCCCGGCGCCCAAGAGGGGCGAGGCCUUGCCAGGGCACACGCCGCACUGUGAGUCCUCAGCCCCCAGGCCUGAGCGGGGGGACCGGAGACCCGGAGCAGAGGCAGCAGCCUACCGCACCCCCCUGUACGGGCAGCCCUCCUGGUGGGGUGAGGAUGAGGGCACCCUGCCCGAGUACCCGCGCCAGGACGAGCCCUGCAUGGAGCGGCCUAAGGAGCUGGCACAGAAGGAUGGGGAUCUCACAGGGACAGUGGCCGGCUUCCGGGCCCCCGCGGAACCUCAGGGCUACUCGUUCCGGCGGGAGCCCAGCUACUUCGAGAUCCCCACCAAGGAGACCCCACCACCACGGCCCCUGGAGGUGCCGGUGCACGAGGCACCCCCCAGGGGCGUGGAAGCGGGCGGGGGAGGGGCGGCCCCCGUGGUGCAGAGCCAUGCGUGCUUCACCAUCGAGUUUGACGACGGCAGCCCCGGUAAGGUGAAGAUCAGGGACCACGUCACCAAGUUCUCCCUGCGCCAGCGGCGGCCCCCCGGCAAGGAGGCCGCGCCCUCCGAGGUGGUCUCCGCAGAGACCAAGGUGGCUGACUGGCUGGUGCAGAAUGACCCCAGCCUGCUGCACCGGGCUGGCCUCGGCGACGACCGGCACAGCACCAAGAGUGACCUGCCCGUGCACACCCGCACCCUGAAGGGCCACAAGCAUGAGGAUGGUACCCAGAGCGACUCGGAGGACCCCGUGGCCGGGGCGGCUGGGGCCCCCGGGGAGGCCAGCGGGGAGCAGGUGCGGCUGCAGAGGCAGAUCAAGCGGGACCCCCAGGAGCUGCUGCACAACCAGCAGGCCUUCGUCAUCGAGUUCUUCGACGAGGACACGCCCCGCAAGAAGCGCUCCCAGUCCUUCACGCACACACCGCCCUGGGACCCCAGGCCUGACCGGCGCCGCGGCCCGGGGCCGGCUGACAGGGACCGCCCGGCGGCCCCCGCCCCGGCCCCCACCCUGGCCCGGGGGGCGGGCAGCGGCUCAGGGCCACAGAGGGCCGGCUCCCUCAAGCGGGAGAAGGCAGAGGAGCGGCUGGGCAGCCCCGCCCCCGCCCCCCGGGCCUCCGCCCGUCCCUUCGGCAGCGUGGGGCGCCGCUCCCGCCUGGCCCAGGACUUCAUGGCUCAGUGCCUGCAGGACAGCUCCCCUGCCCAGCGGCCGGGCCCUGAGAAGGCGACCCCCGCACUGCCCGCCCCCCUGACGCCCCGCGGGGCCAGCCCCGUGGCCCCCUCGACCCCGCCACCACCCUCUACCGACCCCCAAGUGACGAAGGCGCGCAAACAGGAGGAGGACGACAGCCUCAGCGACGCGGGGACCUACACCAUCGAGACGGAGGCGCAGGACCAGGAGGUGGAGGAGGCCCGCAAGAUGAUUGACCAGGUCUUUGGGGUGCUCGAGGCCCCUGAGCUCUCCAGGGCGUCCUCGGCCACCUUCCGCCCAGUCAUCAGAGGAGACAGAGACGAGCCUGGUGACGGGGUGGCCCAGCGGAUGGCCCUGCUGCAGGAGUUUGCCUCCUGCCCAGUGGGCGUGCCCCCACAGGUGGAGCUUCAGGGCCUCCCGGUGCCAGGCUCCCCUGGGGGUCAGAAGUGGGUGUCUCGCUGGGCCAGCCUGGCUGACAGCUACUCGGACCCAGGCCUGUCAGAGGAUGGCCCUGGGCGCAGAACUGGGGAGCUGGAGGGGGCCCUGCCUGUGCGCCAGCGGCGACUACUCCCGCAGCUGCCCAGCGACAGAGCGGACAGCCCCGCAGGCCCCGAGGCUGCCAGGAAGAGUGGGCCUGGGCCGCCGGAGCUAGGCAGCGAGCAGGCUGGCCUCCUCUUGGGGCAGGAGGACCUAGAGCCCGACAGCCUCAGUGAUGCCAGUGGGUCGGAUGGCGGGCGAGGCCCUGAGCCAAGUAGGGGCCCACAGGAGGGGCAGGCGUGGACGAGGGGCCGGCGCUCACCAAGAGGCCCUGGGGAGCCAGCCCCCACCACUUUCUUCAUCGGGGACCAGAACGGGGAGGCAGCCUUGCCCAAGAAGCCACCUGUAGCCCCCAGGGAGGCAGAGGGCCCAGGGCGGGUGGCCCAGCCCAGCCCCCCAGCGAGGGACGGCAUGUAUGUCAGCACCAGUGGGAGGAUGGUCAUCCAGCUGCGGACAGAACGGUCCCCAGAGCCCGAGAGCUCCUGCCCGGCGCCCCCCAAGGAGGCCCUGGCCUUUGUCCGGCAAGACAGCUUCACCAAGGAGCCCACCAGUGGCUCUGCAGCGCCCGGUCAACUCCCGCACAUCCCCAGCCACCCACUCCUGCAGGACCUGGCUGCAGCCCGGGCCUCGUGCGUGGACCUUCACUCCCAGGACACUCAUCUGAUUCUGAAGGAGACAGAGACAGCGCUGGCUGCCUUGGAGGCCCGACUGCUCUCCAAGUCCGUGGAGGGGCCAGAGGGCGAGAUGGGCAGUGCCCCCCGGCCUCCUGAAGACUCUCUGUCUGGGGACUCUGACGUGGACACGUCCAGCACCGUCAGUCUGCUCAGUGGCAAGAACGGGCCCAGCCCAACCGGCCCCCAGCCCACAGGGCUGCGGAAGGAGAAGGCACCGUCCCCGCCAGCAGUGCAGGACCCGGGGACUGUCGCCUUGAGCAGCGCCCGUGAACGGCUCUCAGAGAAGCAGCGUCACCCACUGGGCCUGCCAGAUGUGGGCCGUGGAGAGCCGACAAGGCGCCCGGUCGUGCGGCGCAGCCACGGGCCCCAGGGUUCCAGGGACUGGCCUGAAGAGGAACAAGGCUCCAGCCUUGCCCACCUGCCCAGUGCAGACAUGGUCACCUCUGACCACGAGACCCCCACGGCCACUGGGGCAGGGCGGCCAGGGCCUCGCCGGAAACCCAUGGCCCCCCCGCCACCCCCUGCCGCUGCCCGGGAAGAGCAGCCCCGCGGCUCAGCCAGCGUCCAGAAGGGGCAGCAAGCACUGACCCGCUCCAACAGCCUGUCCACCCCGCGGCCCACGCGGGCCUCCCGGCUGAGACGGGCCCGGCUGGGGGAUGCCUCGGACACAGAGGCCGCAGACAGUGAGCGGGGGCCCCCGGUCAACCCCGAGCCAGUGGGGCGACCACCUCUCGAGCAGGCCAAGAGGCUGUCCCGCCUGGACAUCCUGGCCAUGCCCCGGAAGCGGGCCGGCUCCUUCACCGGCCCCGGCGACUCAGAGGCCACCCCAACCCGUGCUGGCUUCUCCGGCCGCAGCGUCGAGUUGUACUGCGCCGGCCGCAAGCCCACCGUGGCCGAGGCUCGGGCCACUGCCAGGAAGGCCACCAACACUGCCGCGGUCUCCCGCCAGCCCUUCAGCAGGGCCCGCCCAGGCAGCGCCCGCUACUCCUCAUCCAACACGCGUCGCCGGCAGCAGGGUUCAGAUUGCACGUCCACAUCUGAGGAGGAGUACGGCUCCCACCAUGGCUCCCCCAAACACACACGCUCCCAUGCCUCAACAGCCACGCAGACCCCACGGGCUAGCGGCUCCGGCCGGGCCCGCCCCCGGGCCCCUGGCCACCGGGACACGGACGAGGAGGAGGAGGACCCCUGCGGUUUCCUUGUGCAGACAUCUGACAUCGCUGAGAUCGCCAGGCUGAGUCAGACACUGGUGAAGGACGUGGCCAUCCUGGCCCGGGAGAUCCAUGACGUGGCGGGGGAUGGGGACUCGCUGGGCUCCCCGGGGUCUGCCCGCAGCCUCUCCAUCAACAAUGUGCCCAGCACCCCUGCCUCCACCAUCUCCGCCCGUGAGGAGCUGGUUCAGCGCAUCCCCGAGGCCAGCCUCAACUUCCAGAAGGUGCCGCCUGGCUCCCUGAGCUCUCGAGACCUGGACCAGAACAUGAAUGACCGCUGUGAGGACCCCCUGGCCAACAGGAUGCGGCCUCGGAACCGUGAGGAGGUGAUCUUUGAUAACCUGAUGCUGAACCCCGUGUCCCAGCUGUCCCACGCCAUCCGUGAGAACACGGAGCACCUUGCUGAGAAGAUGAAGAUCCUCUUCCAGAACACUGGGCGUGCGUGGGAGGACCUGGAAGCCAGGAUCAAUGCUGAGAAUGAGGUGCCCAUCCUGAAGACGUCCAACAAGGAAAUCAGCUCCAUCCUCAAAGAACUGAGACGAGUGCAGAAGCAGCUGGAAGUCAUCAACGCCAUCGUGGACCCCAGCGGGAACCUGGACCUGCUGACUGGAAACAGGGGCCCUGCGGGCACAGCCCAGCUCGGGAAGGGCCGGCCAGCUGCCCAGAGCCCAUCCUCACCCGCCUCGGCCCUGCCUCUGAGGAGCUUCUCGCAGCAGCGGGCAAACUGCGGGUCCCCCAGCCUCCCAGACCCCUCCUUCCUCCCUGACUUCCUCCCCGACGCGGAAAGGUUCCUGAUCUAGGGGGCGGGGGCUGGGGCAGCCUCCCUGUGCCCAGGUCUGGUGCCUCCCGUCUACACCGUCCGCUGCUGCAGCCCCUCCGGGCUGCAGACAGUUCACCACAAAGACCCCUACACGUGCCAUAACCCUGUGGGUGCCGGGGCGCCAGCCAGGUUGUCCAGCCCACACCCCUGCUGGCCUCCGGGCCCAGCUCCUGCUGUGGCCGAUGCCAAGGGCCAGCAUUGUGGGUGAGUCUCCCGUCCCCUCUCCAUCGCUAUCAUUUUUGUCUUUAGCUUUUGAGGGAAGAGUGGUUUGUGCCAUUGCAGCAGCCUCCCGGGCCCCAAAGGGCCUUGCCCUGCCUCGUAGGCUGGGGGACACAUGCUCACUGGCCUGUCCCUUUGUGCUGGCCAGGACCAGGCGGAGGGAGAAGGGUUGGGCAGUGGGGGUCAGUCAGUGCCAAACACAGAGCUGGGGGCCCAGUGACACUCCAGGACUCAAAGAGGGCAGAGUGCAGGCUGGCCGGGGCGCUCUCAGCCACCCCAGAGUCCAGUGGCCUGGGUCAGGGAAGUGGCCCGGGAGACAUCUGGGGCAGGAACCCCACCGCUUUGAGCCUUUGGUGCCAAUACAACUGCCAAACUCCCUGAGCACGUGACCGGGCGGCUGUGCACACACGCACACGCCAAGCUAACGCGCAGGCACAUCCAGUGCAGGACUCGCAGCCUCUGCACCUGGCUCCCAGGGGCUCUGGCCAGGUGGAGGGGAGCGACAGACCAAAGUGGCCUGGAACCAGGCUUCCAGAAGCUCCUGGCAAGCAGCCCCCCUGACCUCCCCCCAUCCUCUGGAUGCUGUGGGCAUUAGUUGGGUGUCUCACAGGCCCCUGUGCUCCUGGUCCCCUGGAGGGGUGGGCAGGGACAGGCCCCCAGGAACAGUUUAUUUUCUCAGGAUUUUUUCAGCUGGGAAUGUGCCAGGCAAGCAGAGUGCACCACCCCACGGGGGAUGUUUCUGGAGCCUCUAAGCCAAAGAGCCCAUUGGCUGUGGUGUGUGUGUGUGUGGCUGCCCCCACCACCACCCUGGGGUGGGAGGACCCCGCCUGGCAUCUGCGUGAGUGUCGAUUGCUGGCGGGGGUCGCUGAGGCUGGGCCGGCGGCUGCGGUGGGUGAUGGGGGUGUCCGUGUUCACACGCAGCUGGUGUGGUGUUGAGUGCAGGGGUCCUGUGCCCCCCAUGUUCACGUGUGUGAGUGGCAGUGGGGUCCCCGCCCGGCCCCACCCACAAGCCUCAGUGUCCACACGGAGGAGGUGCUGGGCCUGGCGCCCCCCCGCCCCGCACGCCCCGCACUGCUGCCCGCAGCCCGUCCCUUGGAGACAAGCAGUGGCCGUCCGUCCACCUCCAUCCACACCCCGCAGGAAUGGCUGUACAAUUUUUUUAAUUCACCAGUCUGUGCCCCCCCCCCGCCUUCGCUUUGGUAUUGGUAACUUAUUUGUCUGGCUUCUGGGAGGCACCUUUGCGUUUGUCCUCAGGUGGUCUUACGGAUGUCUUUCAGAAAAUGGUUAUUUUAUAUGAUUUGUCAUGGAAUUUGUUCUAAUAAAUCAUUCUUCUGUCAUGUGGCAGCA